AUGCCAAUUUCAUCUAAACGAACUCGUACUCAGCAGACAAUUUAUCAUCACCAACAACAGCAACAAGAAAAACCAGUAGCACAAGAUAAUGAAUAUGAUAACUAUGUUUAUUAUCCAUAUUAUUCUAAAACAACACCUAAUAAUGGUUAUGAAUAUGUACAAGAACCUGAUCAAUAUGAAAAUCAACAAGCACAAUAUAAUCAAACAUAUACAAAUAAUAAUUCAGCUUCAGUUCGUCGAACGUGA